GAGCAAAAUCGGCGGUGCGAGCCUCAACGGCCCGCAGGCGUGCUGCCGACCCAAUCACGAUUCGCAUCGAUCACUGAUUCGACGCUACAGCCGAACAAGCCACGCGAGAAGGGGUCCUGUGUGCGCUGCACGCGGCACUUCACAAUGCCGGUCUUCUGGCGCAUAGCACUGCUCUACGCCACAACCGCGGCCCUGCGACCCCCACUAACAAGUCGCCGCGCAUCAAUAAAACGCUACGAAUCCCUCUUCGACGUCGCCGUCGACGCGACGCCCGCCGCGCAGCUCGCCGUGUGGCUUGAAGGCUGGCAAUGCGCGAGCGACCCGCAGUUCCCCGUCGAAACAACCAUCCAAGACGGCGCAUUGCGGCUGCGGUACGCGGCGAUGCCGUCGCACGGCGUCGAUGUCAUUGCGAGGCCGCCCGGCGCCGACGCGCCUACGACGAGAUUGGUGGUCGAGCGCAUCGGCGGCCCGGCGCCGUCGACGAUUAACAGUUUACUGCGGAGCGCCGAAGAUCGCAUACUCGACGGUCUACGCCAUGAUCUGGAGCGGGACUUUGGUGCGUCAUUGUUAAGGCCGCCCCCGGCACAACCACAACCACGCCAAAACCAGAAGAUGCCCGACACGCUAUAUGAUGGUACUUAUGGAGACGCCUUCGAGCAGGAGGUCAUCGACCUCGUCGAACCCAGUACUGAAGAGGACGAGAGCAUCAGGAGUAUGUUUGCUGAGGGCGAAAAGCUGGCCAGGAGGGCCGCCGGGUUGCCAGAAGACGACGCGUUGGACGUCGUCGAAGCGAAUGGCGAGGCCCAGUUCGAGGUGCGGCUCGAUCCUGGGAUGAAGGGUGGCAUCGACCUAUUUGCGCCACCACCACAGAUAGCCGGUGUGAGUGCACCGGUGCUAGACUUUGCAGAUGUAGACGUAUCACCUGAAGUAUCAGCGCGUUUUGGCGUGCUGUUGCGGGAACUCCGGUUAUCAGAAGACCCGCAGUUGAUUUUAGACGCCUACCGAGACGUGUUGCUAGACGACGCGUUUCCACUCUUAGCGAGGAAGGCCGUCACGGACGACGUGGAGAACUCCGAAGCUGUUGAAAUAUUAAAUAAGGAGGCCCUCAAGCUAGCUACACAACUCGCGGAGAUCGCGGCGGCCGCCGAAAAACAACAUCUUGAAACCAUAAGAUUAUUGUGCGAAGCUGCCCGAGAUCGGGGCGACGCUGGACUAAGGCAGGCCGCCCAGACGCACCGCGCGCGACUCGAUGAUGAUUUUGUCGCAUAUAUAAAACACUCUGUGGCUGUGGAGGCGUCAUCGCUAAGACAGCGCGGUGUGAGUGAUCCAAGUAGGGAGCCGUCGGAGUGGCUCGCGGUGCUCGAUGCCGUGCGCAAGGCCACGAUUGCCGAACGGGGCAAGGACGUCCGGGCCGACGUCGAGAUCGUGGAGUCUAUAUUAGCGUUGAAUAAUGCGGACGCGCGGAAGGAGUUAUUGCGCUUGCACGUCGAGAGGUUGUCGCGGCAGCCGGGGCGCAUGCGGGCCUUUUCGUCGGUGGUGGCGAACAUCUGCGACAACUUGCUGGACGAAGACGCGGAGACGAGGCCGCCUCCAGAAUUAGUGGAGAAGCUCGGCGAUUUGCGUUCUGGUUUGAUGGCUCUUGCUCCCGCCGUGGCGGAUAGCGCCGGGGGUUGGAUGGCGGAGGGGUAAUAUUGUGUUUAUUA